GUGAUUGAACUCGGGAUGCCUUGGGCUGCAUCCCGGUCCCGCACCCACCGCGGGCUGUACCGGCCCCCAGCCCCGCUUGCGGCUCGGGGAGCUCCACGCGUGGCUGCUCCGGGCCGGGUUUCACUGCCCGAACCCCCGGGGAGCCGAGUCCCAGCUCGGGGCAGCGGGAGCGGCGGCGGAGCCCACGUGGGGCGGCGGCGUCACGGGAGGCGGCGGCCGGGGCGGCAGGAAGGGCAGGAAGGGCCGGAGGGCGGGCACAGCCCCGCUUUAAAAGUCCCCGCUGGGACGGGCUCAUUUCCGCGUCACCCCGGCGUCCUGAUGGCCCCCGCGGUGGCGCUGGCUGUGCUGGUGGCCCUGGUGGCCCCAGGGCUCGGCGCGGCCCCCGGCUGUGAUCACCCUGCCCACCGCUGGUGCAGCUCCCGGGACACCGCCGUCGCCUGCCAGGUGCAGAGCCGCUGCCCGAGCCUCCCGCAGCCCGCGGCUGCGCCCGUGGAGCUGAGCCUGUACUACGAGAGCCUGUGCCCGGCGUGCCGCGAGUUCCUGGUGCUGAGGCUCUUCCCCACCUGGCUGCUGCUGCCCGAGGAGAUGCUGAGCAUCACCCUGGUGCCCUACGGCAACGCCCAGGAGAGGAACGUCAGCGGCAAGUUGGACUUCGAGUGCCAGCACGGCCCCGAGGAAUGCUUGGGCAACAUGAUGGAGGCCUGUCUGAUGCACGAGGCCAAGAACUUCAGCACCUACUUCCCCGUCAUCUUCUGCCUGGAGUCGGGCAGCUCCGUCACCAAGAACCUGGAGGCCUGCCUGCAGAUCUACGCCCCAGAGCUGGACAGCGGCCGCAUCAGCGCCUGCGUGCAGGGGGACACGGGGGUGGCCCUGAUGCACCACAACGCCCAGCUGACCGAGGCACUGGACCCUCCACACCAGUACGUGCCCUGGAUCACCAUCAACGGGAAGCACACGGACGAGCUGCAGGCACAGGCAGAGGCCUCGCUGCUGGGGCUGGUUUGUCACCUCUACCAGGGGGAGAAGCCUGAGGUCUGUGGGGGCUCCAAGGCCCCGAAGAUCCAACCUGGCUGCAGGCGCUGAGGGAGCACAGAGGGAGAGGCCAAUAAAAAGGAUAUUUUUAUGGAAAAGCA